CGCGCGCCGGGAGCGCCGCCGUUUUAAGUGGCUGCGCGUCGCCCCUCCCGAGCUCCGCCUGGUGAGACCGGAGCAGCGUGCGAGGGAGGGCUGUGGCUCCGGGGAGCCUCGAUACGGUUGAUUCGUGGCCUUUUUGCCUGUUUGAGAUGCAUAGUCUGUCUCUUUACUGAUUGAGAAGCUGACAUUAUUUUCUGCUUGUGAAAGCUGGAAAAUGUUCAAAAAUCAGUAUCAGGGUGGGCCAUUUGUUGAAGUAUUCAGUGCUCAAGGCAAGAGCCCAGUAGCAAAAUGGAAGAUUUUUGGCAGUCCAUCAGCUAUAUGGAAAGAAUAUGAUAAAGAAGUAAAAGGCUUUGUUUUUGUACUUAAAGGAAGCAGUCAAAUCAACAAAAUGCAGCUACCAAGGGAAAGUAGACAAACUUUGGGACUGAUCCAGCAAUUUCUGACUCUUCAGAUUUUUGUGCCGUUGGGACAAGACUUCUCCACUGAGUUGCUAAUAACGGAUAUAGGAAAUAUUAAAAGAAGAUUGUAUUUAUCAACAGUCCACAAGGAGUUGUCUGUAACCCCUCUUCAUGCGAAAAUUCCUUUGUUUACAAUGAAGCGCGAAAUAUGGUGCAAUAUGUGUAUUGACUUGGUAGGAUUCACCAGUGAAAUAUUCAGAGGAGCUGUCUUCCAGUCUUUGGAUGGAAUUAUUAUUUCAGCUAACUGUAAAGUGAGGAAGAUCUUCACUUUAAAAUCCAAGCCUCGAGAUACACCUGAGGAAGACGAUACGUGUGGUGUUACAUCUGUGCAAUGUAAGUCCACCGAUGUUAUUCCUCAAACCUGCCAGCUAAAAACAGACGUGCCGCAAGUUACACAAGUGCUGAACCUGACUGAUAUUCGCGAGACAGAAAUAAGAUUCAGGAAGGAUCAAUUAGCAGUGCAAGAAACAGGCAGCUUGGUCAAUAGAGGACAAGGCAGGAUACCCAGCAGUAAAACUCAGGAUGUAUCACACAUUGCAUUUGGAUCCAAGAUCCUUGGGCCACCUCCAUCUUCAAACAGGAGAGUCAGCAGAAGGGUUUCUGGAGAGGUAACAAAGAUGCGUGGUAGCAAAAGUAAUAGAUCAUGGCAAAGUUCAGGAGAGGGAACAGAAUCCGUACAAGACAUUGAGAGACUAGAGCUAUCGUUCUCGCCAUGGAAUGACUCUUUACAUCAAGGAGACAAAAGAAUUGCUCACCAAACAACUCAAGAUAUAUGUCAAAAUGACUCUGCAGUUCAGACUCAGAAAACCUCUGAGAGUGGAAGAGUAGACUUUCAGCUUGCCUCACCACAAGGGCCAUCAGCAGAAAAGAACAGUCAUUGGAGGUUAUCCCUAAAAAAUGCAGCCGAAAGGGACAUAACCAGUGAUGGAUGGGAGUUUCCAGAAAGUCUCACUGAGAGUACUCAGCUGGAUAGUGAUGAGCAGUUGGUGGCUGCUGCAGAUUCAGCCUGCCAUAAUUUAACCUCACCACAGAAUGCCUCUGCUGAACAUCGCAGCAGUGAAACCGGUAAUCACCAAGUGAAUGAUAAAGAGAUUUUCAUGUUUUCAUCAAGACCUCGAUCAGCUCCUCAUGGGAAGUCUCCAAAUAUGUCACCAGAAGGUUGCGUUUUCCCUUUGGAUUUGAAGAAAGACAGUAUCAGAGUACAUGGGGAAACCCAAGUUGAAGAUGACUUUCAAGGAACUGACAGCAGUGAAGAGGAUGACAACAAUGAAUUCAGCCAGGGUGCUGAGAACUUUGAGAUCAACCACAGCAGGCAAGAGACACCUGAUUCAGCAGUUUUUAAAGCCAUGCCAUUAAAGAGGAUGUCACAGAAAAAUGAAUGCUGGAUGAAUGAGGGACACAGUGAACAUAACCCCAAAGAGACCGUCUUAUCAAAACCACAGAAUCCCGCUGUGAGAAAAGCAGAUUCUGUUAGCUCUCAGAGAAGUUUAAAGCCUCCCCUUUCACUUUCUCCAACUGGAAGUAAAUCUGAAUUCUUUACAGUAAUUCCAAAUGGAACUGAAAAAAAUGGAAGAUCUGAAGGAGUUUCUAGUCAAUUAAAAAAAUCUAUCAGUCAAAUGUCUCUGAAAACCUCAAGAGAAGAUCCAUGCCUGACAACACAGACUUGUGAGUAUGGCUGGAAAAAUUGCCAGUCAAAUAGACUGAGUUCAUCUGAACUACAGAUGCUGGCUAGCAUGAAGAGAGAGCAAAAUGAAGAGUUACAGGAUACUGGGCUCUCACACGGGCUGAGCGCAUCACAGAUAGACAACUGCAAUGUUAGCAUAAGUACAAGCAGCGAGGACACAGCAACUUGGAAUUCUUGUUUGCCACCACCCAUCAGUCAGGAGCAUCACUAUCAGAAAGAAAUGAGCCCGCUUUCUCAUUCCAACCCACGGGACUGGUUGAACAUGUUCAGUCCCCCCAUUAUUCCUGGAAGCCAACAAUUGGAAGAGUGUGCUAAAUCUUCAACAAAUCAGAAUAUUCCAGGUGAAGAUGACCUCAAUGCUGAAGCAGAUGAGGAAGUUUUAACUCUUUUGUACGAUCCAUGUCUGAACUGUUACUUUGAUCCAAAUUCUGGAAAGUACUAUGAAUUGGCAUAGUCAUAUCAUGAGAGGAUAUCGUUUUCUAUUCAGAGUAGGUUUAUUUUCUAACUGUUCAUAGUGUGUGACUGAGCUGUAUAAUUUACCAUGUAACUUAAAACUUGAAUUAACCUUUUGUUUUACAAACGAAUGUAUUUUGUAAAUAGUGUCUUAUUUUUAUAAGUUGGAAUGCAGUGGAAAAUUGCACAAUGUGAAAGUUCCUUGUGACUAAGACAUUUUUUUGUUGGUCUAAUAUUUUUCCAAUAUUCAAAGGUUCUACAUAAAAACAAAUGAAGUUGAAUCAAGGUUUGUGUUGUUUAGCUGUAAAUUACGGUGUUAUUCAAAUAAAAAAAAAAUUCAUUACUUGCUUACUGUGUAUUUUUAAUUGGUUCUGAGCUAUCUUAUUCUUUGGAUGUCAAGAUAUACACUGUGUGGUUUGAAGGCCUCCAUUUCAUAAGUGCACUCUCCUUUUAGUCAUCGGAGAAAGCAGUCUUUUCCUCAUCUUCAAGAAAUUCUCUGCUGUUGCAUAUUACAGUAACAGGAUGAUGUCAAAGCCGUAAGGUGACCCGGUGUGUGCGGUGUGGUGCACUGUGAAGUGUGCAUGUGGGCAGGUUAUAAAUCUGGACCAUGACAGGGUACGUAUGGCAAGCUCUGACGGUAUGAGCUACUGCUUACUUUACAUUACACAGGUCUGAAGAGCGGUAAGUGAUUGCUUCAGCACUCAAAAAUCAGUCUUUUUGUGUGGGUCCUAAAGUUCCAGCUUAAAGAUUUAAUUUGCCUGCAUCACUGUGCUUUUUUUUUUUUUCCUGUGGUACAUAAAAUAUCCCUCUUGACCAUGGAGAAGGUCUAUAGAUAUAAACCGGACUGUACACAGCCUUUGAAAAUGAGAUAGUUGUAUGAGAUGAAUAAAAUACCGUGCAUGGAGACGUGUCAAGCUUUGUCUGCUCUAAAAAUGAGUUAACCUGAUCCUGAUGUUUCUGCAUUGCUGUGGCUGCUUCUUGGCUCCAAGCAGUGCUCAACAUUUCCAGCCCCAGAGGGAGGGAGAUUCUGCAACACCGCGCAGUGCUGCUCGCCACUCGCAGCCCCUCCAGUCGACAGGACGCCUGCUAAAGGGUAAAUAAAUCAUUAAAAAAUUAACUGCCUGAUAUUGCAGAAAAGGUAUGAGGCAGGGCUUGCCUGUGGAACAGAAAGUCCAAGGAGUUAUGUUGUGAUGGAGUGUGUUAAUGGAACAGCUUUAGAGUCCACCAGUUCAAUCAACAUAACAAUUUUCUGGAAACAGUUGAAGGGAAUGUCAAAAUCACAUGACAAAAGUGAUCGAUUGGCAUUCUGGAGAUUCUUGUUCUGAGUUUACACUUGAUUAUAUCCAGAGCUAUUCCGCUUUAAUUAUUUGCAAGCUGAUUACUCGGUGAAUUUUUAAGAAUAAUGUAGUUGAGUGUCAUAAAGUGAGCUUAGUAAGCUCACUGGCAAGUGAUUUAAAAUGAUAUGUCUGUAAAUUAUAUGUAAUUAUGGAUCCCAGUUAAUGAAUAUCCUACAACCAAUUGAAAAUGUAGUUGUUAAUAGUGACUUGGCAUUAGAUCAGAUUGUGUAUUUGGCUUCCGUGGCAGGUACAAACGUAUCAUCACAAUUUGAGUCGAGUAGCACUGAAACCCACAGGAAGACAGAUACUGCGUUGAGAUGAUUUACUUACUCCUGUUUCUCCCAGAAAGAUUUGUACCUGUUCUUGCUAAUGCCAUCAUCAGUUUAAAAAAGUCAAUGAAAUCAUAAUUUUGACCUUCAAAACUCAGAUACUAGCUUGUACAUAGCUAACCACUUCCUUCGUAGCGUCAUUUAGUGAUGAGGACCAUGCUCCUUCUGUCUGUGGCAGCGGCUGUCGAAGAGGUGCACAACAAGGAGUCCUCGGAGACUGCCCACCUUUAACGAGAUCAGGAGGCAGGUGGGUAGUGACACUAUGUUUGAGGCGAGUCUUGUUCCAGACAGGUCCUAGGCAAGCCCAGAUACACUCGCUUCUCCUGUCACUAGCGCAGUAGCAUUUUAUAGCCAAGUCCUGCUUUUCAAAAUCAGCAGUUAUGAUCCUUACCCUUUGUUUUCUAUUUAGCAGCUCUAUGUUUUCAACAUCUAUGGGGACUGAUUGCUGUAAUGCUAUGAAAAAAACCUGUGAGCUGAGCGGCGCAAAAGACUUGGCUACAAGGACUGUAAGUUCUGCUCGCAGUGUUUUUUUCUUCGUCAUCAUCCUGUGAACCUAGAACUAAAGCAUGCUUUUUGUUUAAGCUAUUUGUCAAAGCCAGCAUUUGUGACAAGUGGUGAAGAACACAGAGAUUUGUUCCUAACUGUCACAUGCAAUGUUGUAGUCUGUGAGAACCACAUAGUUCUCGCUGGAGCCUGCGUUCCAGCAGGUGAAAAGACCUGUGCCUGGGCAUAAAGUUUCAGAUUAAUGAAACUGUCUGCAGGGAUUUAUUUCUACACACCCAGCAGCAGUUACGAUUUCUGAGAAUAGAAGUCCUGAAAUGCUGUAAAUUUCAGUAGGGCUUCAUUCAUGUUUCUUAGAUGUACAGUGAACAUAGAGGAACAGAAGUUUGCUUGGUAGAGCUGCUGGAGUCAGCAGAUCACAGAUCCAUCUGUUGGUCUAAGGCUCUUCUGCGUUCCUUACGCAAGCGAGGUGUGUCACAGAAUCAUAGAAUAGUUUGGGUUGGAAGGGACCUUAAAGCCCAUCCAGUUCCACCCCCUGCCAUGGGCAGGGACACCUCCCACUGGCUCAGGCUGCCCAAGGCCCAUCCAACCUGGCCUGGAACACCUCCAGGGAUGGGGCAGCCACAGCUUCCCUGGGCAACCUGGGCCAGGGCCUCACCACUGCUCUGCUGAACACUGCCCACAACAGUGUGUUUCUGUGUGGCUGGAAUGAUUCUCCCCAUUUCUCUCGUUCUUUUUCCCUUAGGCCCAUCUGCCAAGGUUUUCUCCGAGGUUUCAGCCUUCAGGUGCCUGCAGACUGCUGCAGCACUGAGUUGCUCGCCGACAACGUGGCACACACGAGCGCCGCUGUGGACCCUGCCAGGCAGCUGCACGGACUUUACAAUCUGUGAUCUUGCAGUACUGGCGCUUGUACCGUGUGCUGAGCCUCAUUAUGCCAAACAAAGAAAGAACACCCUCUGUCCUGAGGAGCUUACAAUAGGACCUCAAUAUUGACCUUUGGCCUCUGCUGCUGUGGUUACUAGGUAAGAAAACCACCUACCCUUCAGCCAUAAAGCAUUCUAUUUAGGGGCACAGCCUCUAAACUUUGGGUCAAAUGGCAAGGUUGCCCAGGCUGAAAAACCCUUGAAAAUUGUUUUGCAAAAUGCGUAUCAUAUUCGUGUUAUUUUUCCAUGCUAUUUCUUUACUUUAGAAAAGGACUUCUUUUUUCAAGCAAUGGGUUAGAUAUUAAAUGAAAAGACAAUCCAAUCCGUCUUUUCUAUGUGGUAUUGCUGAUAAUCACCACUUGUCUCAUGGUAACUAUAGUAACUUGGCAUCCUUAUCUGCCACCUUUUUUGGCACCUUGAAAAAACCUAUGUGAAAUUAGGUUUCCUGAUAAACUGAAAGCUUGGCAUGAGACUACAUAAUGUCAUUUUUUCUUAUUCAGUGUUUAACUUGCUUGCUAGCAGCUGUACAGGCAGUUCUGACUGUGAUGUUUUGGGAUUCUGCUGCAGGCGUUACAAUCAGCGCAAACGCAAAAGCCCUGGGUGAAACCCCAGAAAGAGCUGUGAGCUCCCACAGGGUCACAUGCAGCAGCCCACGAUGCGAAGACCUGAGCAGGAUUUUUGCUCCUCUCUAAAAGCACUGUAAAAGAAGUUCCAUGCCCAAGCUUGGCAGUUUUCAAGGGGAAAAAUAAUCUGUGGACAUUCAACUACACAGUAAGAAUUAUUAUGAAGGUUCCUGUGGUAAAUCAUCGGUGAAUCAACAACCUUAUGUUGCUUUUAGUCCCUCUGCAAGUGAGUGCCGUUCAGUCUGCAUGGGAGAUGAGAGUGGCUCCGGGUGCUGGAGAGCUGAGGGAUGGUAUUAGAGGUGAGCGCAAGGCCAGUGCUGACACCAGGUGUCCCAGGGGAGUACAGCUACUCAGCAGUUCCACCUCUUUUUUUUUGUCCUAAGGACACAGAAAUGGUGAUAAAGGUGUUUUUUCUUGUUUUGUCCAGAUGUGGCCCAGCUACAUCCAGUCCCCGUGCUGGUGCACUUCUGCCUUCCAGACCAGAAGGGCCAUCAUUGCUGGAAGAGCAAAGGAGAUGGAGAUGCCUGAGCAGCUGGGGUUAGCUCCCAGCCAUCGGGCACAAUGCUCUGGUGUGUCUUCAGCGAGGCUGAAGCCAGAGUGAUCGGUGAUCUGCCUCUGUAGGCACAGUCUCUUCACCAGAUCUCACGCUUUUUCCUUUGUUAUCAAGUUGUUUUAGCAAGAGUUUUGAAGAGCAGACAGGUUUGAAAGGUACGUGGUUGCAAAACAACAAAGGAAAAAUGCUAUCAAAAGCCAUUAAAUGAAAAGCUAUUUGCUUUUGCAGUGUGGCUUGAGUGCUCCUGGGGACUGACAGUGUGUGCUCAUCCGGUUCCUCACAGAUAUCCUCCCCGGGCUGCUGCCGGAGAAAAGACAGGGCUACAUUGGUGAGAGAUCCUCUGUGCUGACCAGGUACAGCCUCUGAGCAAUACCUCAUAAAGAAACCCAGCCAGGCUCCUGCUACGUCGGUUGCUACACCGGUACUGCUAGUGUACUUCAAAUGAUGUUCACGUUAAACUGCUUGGGGGGGUGUCUGUUAAAAAGUUUAUUAUUGGAUGAUUGUGCAUUUUAUCUGUGUGGGAGACCAAAAAACCUUAGGUCACGGAAAUUACAAGUGUCAUUUUAGAAGACUGCCUAUUUAUUAGGCCAUCUCCUGCUGCUGCACUCAAGGCGAAAAUCUUCAUACAAGCAAUCUAUUCACAGCUACUGCUUUACCACCUGAUGUGCAAAAUAUCAAAGCUCUGGAUGUUUUAUUAUUGUGCUGAGUAAUUUUCUAAUUAAUUUCUAAAGCUUAGGAAGUGUCCCAUGCAAGUUUCCUUUGCAAUAGACUUCUGUUUUCUAACCAAGGCUUGAGAGGGAUCUCUGGGGAGGGAUCCCAUGAUGCCAGGAGGUUCGUUGUGCUGAACACGUGGCUGGGUGGCACUGCAUUUUGGCUUUCUGACCUUGGUAAGGUAGAUUCUGGCUGGAGAGCCUGGCAGAUACCUGUGUGGCAUUUCCCAUGAAUCCAUGUGAAGCCCAAAUUAAACGCGCUGCUCUUUUCCCAAGAAAGAAAAAAAGGCAAGUAGCUUUCAGAAACUGCUGCUUCCAAAGUAGCACUAACACCUGGGCGAGCCUCGUUACAUUCAUGAUGGUACCAGAAGAUGACCCAGAUUUUGUAUUUCCUCUUUUUUCCUUUCCAGGAACCGGAGACUCUCCAUGCACACUCAUACAUCCCUAAUCCUGGUGCAGCCAACAGCCUGGGCACCACCCAGGCAUCAUUUGUGGCCCGAGCAUCUUUACCCAAAUACAUCCCCAGGUCUUCUGGGACCCAACAGGAUCAGACUGACUGCAAUAAAAAUCACCCUCGGUGCUGAAGCAAGUGCCUUGUGUUCAGAGGUGUGCAGAUCAUGGCAUAGCAGCAAGAAAAGGAGAU